AUGCACACUGAAGACUGCCAUGUAGGAAUUGCAGGCACGGCUGAUGAACUGCCUGAGCACGGCGAUGGAGGCUUCGAGAGGCUGUUGCCUGUUGAGUUUUACAUGAAUUUGCGAAUGCGAGAUGACAGGGGAGCGGAAUCAUGGAGCAGUGCGUUUAUGCAGGGAGAAAAGCGUGUUAGUGGAGAGCAGCCUGGAUGCACUGCAAGCUUUUUGAGGAUGCUGAGUGAAAUUGAGGAAGGGAGUCUUGGAUUGGAGAAUGAAGUUUGCAGGUUACUAGAUAGGGAGAAGAGGAUAGAGCAGGAGAAUGAGAUUUUAAGAGCAUUUCUGCAUGAGGCAGUUGAGAAGCUGUAG